AUGCCUCCCUUCCGUAUGCCCUUUACGUCGAAGCGCCCGACCGCGCCCAUUGAGACCAACGACGAGAAUGCUCGCCCCAACUCCUUCGACGGCAAUAUCAAGAGUCCUUAUAGCAAAGAUAAGCCUUCGUUAGCAUUAGGAAUCAAGGAAAAGACGGUCGAGCCCAAUGAGUUCAAAUUGAGUUCCGUUAACGACAGUGGUGAAUAUCUCCCACCUUCACCCACUGAAAAGCAAUCCUUCUGGUCGGCCAAAUCGCCGUCCUCUGCAAACACCAACCAUCGCCAAUGCUUCAACGACAACGAGGCAUUCACAAUCUCCCGCGAAUCUUUCGAGUCAUACAGAAGAUCUUUUGAUAUUUCCGGCCGCUCCCCAAUCCUCCAAACCGACAGCUUCAACUCGCGCACGUCUCUAGACUCGCGACCAGCGACCCGCUUCCCCACGCGCUCAACACUAAGCAGCACUACAUUCGAGAGACCCACCACCGCAGAGGAUCCGAUUUUCGAAGACGUCAAGCUGAAUGAAGAAGCAGGCAAGCCUCAAGAGUCCAAGAAAAAGAGUUUCCUGUCCCGAUUUGGCGACUCAAACGGUGAAAAUGUUACCGCGAAUGCGGCCAGUAAGGAAGAAGGCAAGCACCACUUCCAUUUCCUUCCAGGUCGGAAACGGGGUCAAAGCGGGACUGGUAAUGAGCUGGGGGACAUUCCACGGCCACAGAGUCGGGGUAAUGCCAAUGCGGAAGUAACAGUACGAUAG